UCUGGUGGCCUUUGGUCUCCCCCGCAAUCUCGUGAUUCUCUUCGAUUACCCCGCCGUUGAGCACCAAGGCCACCCUGCUGAGCUCGACCGCCAUGCCGGACUUCAAGCUCUCGGCCCAGCUGAAGGGCCACGAUGCAGAUGUCCGCGCAGUUUGCUUCCCUGCAGCAAAUACGGUUCUCUCGUGCUCCCGCGAUCAAACAGUCCGUCUCUGGCGCAAGACUGCCGAUAAACCUCCUGCAUUCGAAGCCACCAUUACGAGCCAGGGUCACGGCUACAUAAACUCCCUCGCCUUUCUCCGUGCCUCUUCUGCCUGGCCCGAGGGCCUCAUUCUUUCCGCCGGGCAGGAUGCCAUCAUUGAAGCGAAGCGACCAACCUUGACCACAACUGACAAUGCCGACCGUCUUCUUAUCGGGCACGGCCACAAUGUCUGCGCGCUCGACACAUCAUCCCGUGGAGCAUACGUUGUAUCCGGAAGCUGGGACGGGAAAGCGCUAGUUUGGGAUACGGAGAAGUGGCAGAUCUCUGCCCAACUUGUUCACGCGGGGGAGGUCAAGAGCGUCUGGGCCGUCUUGGCCUACGACGAACACACGGUCAUCACCGGCAGCGCCGACACUUAUAUUCGUAUUUUCGACCUUCGCCAGGUUAAUGGAAACGGUGAGGUUGAGCCUCGCCGCACUCUGAGCACCAAUUCUGUUGUUCGCGCGCUGUGCAGGCUUCCUGGAGGUAUCAAGGGGCACCCGAGCGGGGCCGAUUUUGCAAGUGCCGGCAAUGAUGGCAUAAUUCAGCUAUGGAAAAUGAAUGGGACACAAGUGGGCGCCCUUCACGGUCACGAUAGCUUCAUAUACUCUCUCGCCUGCCUGCCGACGAGCGAGAUUGUCAGCGCCGGGGAGGACCGAACGCUUCGGGUCUGGAGGGGUUCGGAGUGUAUUCAGACAAUAACACACCCCGCCAUUUCCGUCUGGUCCGUCGCCGUGUGCCCCGAAAACGGAGACAUUGUUACGGGGGCCAGCGACAAUGUGGUUCGCGUUUUCACCCGCAACGCUGAUCGCACAGCACCGCCCGAGAUGCUGUCCCACUUUGAAGAACUGGUUCGGUCGUUUGCUAUCCCGCAACAGCAGCUCGGUCCUUCGAUCAACAAAGAGCGGCUGAACCCAAAAUCAUGGCUUCUUAACCACCCAGGAAAGAAGGACGGCCAAGUUACAACGGUACUCGAAGACGAUGGCAGCAUCGGGGCCUAUCAGUGGUCAUUAGGUGAGCAGAGAUGGGUCCAUGUCGGGACCGUGGUGGACUCUACCGGCAGCAGUGGGCGGAAGGUUCAGUACAAUGGCCGAGAAUACGACUACGUCUUCGAUGUAGACAUUGAAGAGGGCAAGCCACCCCUCAAGCUGCCGUACAACCUGUCAGAAAACCCAUAUGAAGCGGCAACCAAAUUUCUGGGGGAUAACCAGCUCCCCAUAUCAUACAUCGAUGAAGUCGCAAAGUUCAUCAUAACCAACACCAAGGGCGCGACCAUUGGCCAAACCGCGGAAGCUCCGCCGGCCGACUCAUUCGGAACCAGCUCACAGUCUCAGCCUGGCCAGACGACACAACCUAAGAAGUAUUUACCAUAUAGAGAAUACCUCGCUCUCACGCAGGCCAAGUGGGAACCGGUUACGAAGAAGCUCAAAAGCCUUAACGAGAAGCAUCUGUUGGCUGGGAACAAACUCAUUGCAAUGAAUCCCGACGGGGUCAACCGUCUUGAGGCGGUGCUCAAAACGACAAUGGGCUCGCCGAUCCAAAAGACCAGCCCGCCAGCGCUCCUCGAAGCCCAGCGGAGCGUCUAUAAUCUCAUCACGCAGUGGCCAUACGGCGACCGCCUCCCCGCCCUUGACGUUCUCCGCUGCUUCGUGGCGUGGCCGGGUUCGGCAUCGCUUGGCGACAACAAGUACGGCAAUGUAGUCAGCAUCGCCCUUAGGGGCGCCCUCGACAUUCAAGAUCCUAUCCCAUCUACCGACACCCCGCUGACCGAGCUGAUCGCAAGCUUUGACGCUUCCAAGCUGAAUAUCAACAACGUCAUGAUGGCACUGCGCACGGUAACCAACCUCUUUGCCACGGCAGAAGGUCGCAAGCUUGCCGCCGCCGAAGCGACUGCCAUCAUCAGCCUGAUCGCGCGUAUUGCGGGAGUAGAAGGUGAUCAAGGCGGGCCCAUCGGGGCGGACAAUCUCAACUUGCAGAUUGCAGUCACGUCGGCAUCGUUCAACUUCACCUGCCUGGCACUAAACGAGAAGGGCUCGGUCGACCUUGAGUUGCUGAUGCUACUCUACCAGGUCGCCGAGGCGGUCAUUCGUCGACAGAACGACCCGGAAGUGCUCUUCCGCGCGCUCAUGACACUGGGUAUGCUGCUGGCCAUGGGCGGCGACGCGCUCGACCUGGCCAAGACGCUGGAGGUUGGGGAGCCGAUAGGCGAAGCGGCGAAGAAGUCCGGUGAGGCGAGGAUCAAGGCGCUUGCGCAGGAGUGCUUGGGGUAUCUGAAGCAAUGAGGGUUCCUGCCUAUGAACGGAGAACAGGGUAGGGACACAGGGUAUUGGUUUGU